CUGCGAAGCGCUUUCUUUCGUUUUCUACAUUAGAUUCUCUUUCUCAAGAGCCAUAAUGUAUCUCCGACGAGCAGUAUCUACUUUGCAAAGGAGACUCCGUUAUUCGUCUCAAACAGUCACUGCUACUUCAUGCGGAAGAACUACCAAUUCUCUGCCCAAUUCCGGCAAAACAAUAUUUCUGAGUCAAUCUUAUUCUGGGGGCGAUACUGGGAGUAGGCGAUGUAGGGAUGCUUUUCAAUGGAUUUUACUAUCUGGACAAGCUGGUAUGCUGAGCCUGAUUGAGUUUUUUGAUAGUUAGAUUCCGUU